AUGGCACCCUCUCGAAUUGACUACGCCGAGACCUCUUCAGACGACGUCGAUAGAUGUGCGGCGAAAUCUAAGCAGAACAUCUAUCUCCUCGAAAAUUUUCCUGAGGAGGCUGUCCGCCAUAGCCAACGUCUCUUUACAACGAUACUACCCGACGACCCCGAAAUCGAAAACUGGCGCGACAACGCAGAUGCCAUUCUCGUACGGGAGAAGACGAUUACGGCGGACGACAUCGCUUCCACACGAAAGUUACGCGCGAUCGGAAAACAAGGCACUGGCAUUGACAUCAUCGACCAAGAUGCAUGCGAGAAACGUGGAAUUGCCAUCCUCAAUACCCCUGGCGUUAACGCACAAUCGGUCGCAGAGCUUGUCCUCAGUCUUACAAUGGCAGUUGCGCGACAGCUACGCGUUAUAUCCACAAAACAGGCAGCAGGGUUAGAAGUUCGAAAGGAACAUUGCUGUGGCAUGACACUCAUUGGAAAGUCCAUAGGCAUUGUUGGCAUGGGCAACAUUGGUACAGCCGUUGCUCGCAUGUUCAGCGGUGCGUUUGGGGUAUCAGUCUAUGCCUGCGAUCCCUUCGCGUCUACUGAAGCAUGGGCUGAUAUUCCACAUACAAGGGUCAAUCAGUGGGAAGACAUGCUGUCUCACGUCGAUGUCCUGACUAUUCAUGUACCGCUCAAUGCGAAGACAAGAGGCAUGGUAUCUGCCACUCAAUUCAAGAUGAUGCGGCAAGGUUCGAUUUUAAUCAAUGUUGCGCGAGGAGGUAUCGUCAAUGAAGAUGACCUGGUGGAAGCUUUAGAGGAGGGUCACAUUUUUGGUGCUGGUCUGGACUGCCAUGAGGAAGAGCCUCCGACACUGCAGAAAUAUGAGAAGCUGUGGGCAACAGGGAAGGUUAUCAGCACCCCACACAUCGGUGCAACGACAGCAGAGACGCAGGUGCUCACAUCUAUAGCUGCACUCGACAACGUACACAAGUUUUUGAAGCUCGCGUAG